AUGUCAUCCUCGGCCGCCGUCAUGGGCCAGCCAGCCGAUCAACCUCCGCCGCAGGCACAGCAAAGCAGGGGAGGCUUCAAUAUAAACAAAAUCAUCAUCGGAGGUGCCAUAUACCUAGGCCUGAACUUUCUGCUGUCCUACAUGAUGCAAAAGGACCAGAAGGGCGUCGUCAUCACGGACCCUGUUACGGGCAAGACGGCCACCGUCGCCGGAAACACGGGCAGCAUCCCGCCGUACGAAUUUCGCCCAAAGUCCCUUGACGAGGGCGCCAAGUAUCGAUCGAUUCCGAAAUUGAUCGCACCCAUCUGGCCGCAGGACAGCCACGUCGACAUUGUCGUCACCCUCUCUUCCUCCUACUACCCGGCCCCCAUCUCCGAGACGGCUGCCGAGUACGUCGUUGUGCAGGAGAAGAACUUCCACAUGAGCAACAGCUCCGACACGCGCUCCAUCGACACGACCUUCACCGUGCCCGAAGCCGUGCAGAAGAACGGAACGCUAUGGGGCCACUUCUACAUCGGUCUGACCGGCAGCAACCUGGAUCCGAAGGAGCCCGGCUUCGACCCCGGCAGGGCCUACCACUUUGCAUAUCCCAUGUCGCAGCAUCUCCCGAGGAAGCGAGCGGCCAAGACGAGGAACCUCCUCGAGGGCCGGUCCGCCGACGACGCCGACGAGACGGAGCAAGAGGUGCCGACGGGACCCAUCAUCACGAACCUCUACCACCCCAACGCGAGCUUCGCAUUCAUCCCCGCCGUCGGCGUCAAGGAUCUUGCCCAGAUCCCGCCCGCCGUGCAGCAAUUUCUGCGCCUCGAGGCGACCGGCGCCCGCGACGGAUCCGGGGAAAACUCGUGGUAUUAUCCCCUGCUCUUCGUCAACACCUUUUGGCAGUUGACAAACCACAUGAUUCCCCUGAACGAGACGGUCAAGGAGCUGCCGCUGCACAUCGACCUCAAGAACAUGGCCUUCUGGCAGUUUCAAGUCCUCGCCACCAUGGAGAUGAACUCGAAGCAGAACGCGCGCGCCGCCGCCUUUGGCAACUCCAUCCCCGGCGGCGGCGACGGCACCGAAAUCGAAAUGAUCAAGGAGAUCUUCAUCGACACGAACCCCAUACUGCUCGCCAUCACGGCCAUCGUCUCGAUCGCCCACGUCAUUCUCGAGACGCUCGCCUUCGGUUCCGACAUUGCUCACUACCGCAAGAAGAAGGACAACGUCGGCAUCUCGGUCCGAUCGAUCCUCGCCAACGUCUUCAUGCAGGCCGUCAUCUUUCUCUACCUGCUCGACAACUCGCAAAACACGAGCUGGAUGAUCCUCGGCUCCCAGGUCGUCGGCAUCGUCAUCGAGCUUUGGAAGGUGACGACCGUCGUCGACGUUCGCUUCCGCCCCACUUCCCCCGGCUCCCUGCUGCCGUACUGGUUCGUCUUCGAGGACAAGCACAAGCUCACGGACACGGAGGAGAAGACGAAGGAGUACGACGAGAUUGCCUUUCGCUACAUGUACAUGGCGGCCGUGCCUCUGCUGAUGGCCUACGCCGUCUACUCGCUCGUCUACGAGACGCACAAGUCGUGGUACUCGUUCGCCAUCACGACCCUCGUCGGCUCCGUCUACGCCUACGGCUUCCUCAUGAUGCUUCCGUCCCUCUACAUCAACUAUCGGCUCAAGAGCGUGGCUCACAUGCCGGCCAAGGCCAUGAUGUACAAGUUCCUCAACACCUUCAUCGACGACCUGUUUGCCUUUACCAUCAAGAUGCCGUUCCUGCACCGGCUGGCGACGCUGCGCGACGAUGUCAUCUUCUUCAUCUACCUGUACCAGAAAUGGGCCUACAAGACCGACUACACGCGGGUCAACGAGUUUGGCCAGGCCGGCGGCGAGGCUGACGAGGCGGUGUCGAAGAAGGGGGGGGACAAGGGCCAAGCAGACAAUCUGGGCGAGGCCGAGGCCAAAAAGCUGGCCGGUGAGAUUGUCAAGGAGGCCGAGGGCAAGGGCAAGGCGACGGGCACCGACGCCGGAAAGAAGGCGACAAGACGAAAAUGA